CUCAUUGAUCGCAUACGCCGCUUGGAUGAACGGAUGACAAAGCCGGAUGAGAAACCAGAGCAAGAUUCCGGGCCUCCGCCGGAUCAUGUUUCAAACCUCCAGCCGUCGCCGAGAAUCAUUCACUUCGCUGGGUGGGAAAUUGGCAAUUUGCUCGUGGACCCGGCCAUUCCCAGCCUACUGCCUGAAGGCCUUCAUUGGAUCCAGUCUCGAACUGGAGCCGUCAUUCCCCUGCCCAGGUUGAGCCAUGCCCCAUGGGAGAAAGCUCCGCCGACAUGCACCGUGGGCCGUGCAGUCAUUCCACCGCUUGCUGAGUUGCCGAUGAAGUCGGUGCUGAAACAGUACUUGGAUGUGUACCAUUCAUCCAGAAUUCGGAUGAUUUUUCCUGUGGUUGACUCCUCCCUGUUCUUGCAGACCAUGGAGGCAGCGUAUUCACUGCAUGGUCAGCAGACGCAGCGGUGUUGUGCGGCUGCAUGCAUCUUUGCUUUCAUGGCUCUGGUGUCCAGCAUGGACCACGUCGCAAUCGGUUGCACUGCCCCACGUCCUCCCCCGAUUUCUCGAAUGGCAUAUGUUGAGAAUGCACGAGCACUGAUGCCAUAUAUGGUCCAAAAUUCGUUGAAUCUAGAUGCUAUUCAGACGGCUCUCCUGCUAGCAAUCAAUGGCACUCUCAUCGGCGAACUACAAACAGCCAUUCACCUUACAUCAAUUGCCGCACGACAAAUCAUGGCAGUUGGCGCUCACACCUGUAGCGAACCCCAUGGGAAUGAAGCCCACCACCUCCGCACUCUCUUCUGGAUAUGCUAUGCCUUGGACAAAGACCUUUCUUUGCGAACCGGUCAACCCCACUGCCUUCGCAGCGAUGACUGCAACCUUCAACUUCCCACCGCAUAUGUGGAGCAACUCGGCUCUCGCAUGGCAUAUUCGCCACGAUCAAACCAUCCCGAAGGGCCUCUGUUUCCUGUCGACCUUCGACUCAGCAUGAUAAAAUCUCGGAUCUUCACGGCUCUGUAUUCAUAUAGUGGUCUUUGUAAAAGCGACGUCGAAAUCAUCCGCUCAAUCCGCGAGCUUGACGAUGAACUCGAGCAAUGGCGGACCUCUAUACCAGCCCCGGUCCGCCCUCAACUCUCCUUUGCCCAUCAACUCGAUGCGACGGCUCCCAAGAACAUGUUUCUAGUGCUCACCCAUUUGGACUACUAUUCCUGCGUGAACCUGAUUCAUCUCGCAGGCGGUCGCUGCCAGGCCUGGCGAUCCACCACCACGCCAUCAGGCAUGAUGGACGGCCUCCGGUUAAGCCUCACCUUUUCCGUGGAGGCGAGUCGAUCGCUGCUGCUCUUCCUUUAUGAUUCCGAGUCUAUUGUUAGCGCAGGGAGUUUCUGGACCUUACUCUUCUAUCCCAUGUCGGCGAUUUUGACGAUUUUCUGUAAUAUAGUAGAGAAUCGGCAUAUGAACACAGCGAAGCGCGAUAUACAGCUAUUGGAAGCCGCAGAACAUACCACUGAGAAGUUAUUUUUGAGGCAGAGUCUAAGGGCCGAUAAGCUUGUGGAGUUGCAGCCCGUCACGAGGUUUAUAUCUAGUUUGAAGGAGUUUGCGCAGCAGGCUGUUGGGGCUGCCCUGAAUCCAGAGACAUAA